AUCAGCCUUGCAGACUGGGGUCGCAAGGCCAUUGAGAUUGCGGAGAAUGAGAUGCCAGGGCUGAUGAAGAUGCGGGAGAUGUAUGCUGCGUCAAAGCCACUGAAAGGCGCACGUAUCGCCGGUUGCCUUCAUAUGACUGUGCAGACGGCAGUUCUCAUAGAGACCCUUAUAGAGCUGGGAGCUGAGGUACAAUGGUCAAGCUGCAACAUUUUCUCCACUCAGGACCACGCUGCGGCUGCUAUUGCAAAAGCUAGUAUCCCUGUGUUUGCCUGGAAAGGGGAGACUGACGAGGAGUAUUUGUGGUGCAUCGAGCAGACCCUAUACUUCAAGGAUGGGCAGCCCCUCAACAUGAUUUUGGAUGAUGGUGGAGAUCUUACCAACCUAGUUCAUACCAAAUACCCACAACUCUUGAAAGGAAUCCGGGGUAUUUCAGAAGAGACAACCACUGGAGUUCACAACCUGUACAAGAUGAAGGCCAACGGGACCCUGAAAGUGCCAGCUAUCAAUGUUAACGACUCUGUCACCAAGAGCAAAUUUGAUAACCUUUAUGGUUGCAGAGAGUCCCUCAUCGAUGGCAUCAAACGUGCUACAGAUGUCAUGAUUGCUGGAAAAGUAGCAGUGGUGGCAGGUUAUGGCGAUGUGGGCAAAGGUUGUGCUCAGGCCCUGCGGAGCUUUGGAGCCAGAGUCAUCGUCACUGAAAUCGAUCCCAUCAAUGCGCUGCAGGCAGCGAUGGAAGGUUAUGAAGUCACAACCAUGGAGGAAGCCUGCAAAGAAGGCAAUAUCUUUGUUACCACCACUGGCUGCACUGACAUUGUUCAGGGCAGGCACUUUGAGCAGAUGAAGGAUGAUGCCAUAGUGUGUAAUAUUGGCCAUUUUGAUGUGGAAGUCGAUGCAAAGUGGCUGAAUGAAAAUGCAGUAGAGGCAGUGAAUGUUAAACCUCAGGUGGAUCGCUAUACACUGAGGAAUGGCCGUCAUAUUAUACUGCUAGCAGAGGGCCGACUGGGCAACUUGGGCUGUGCCAUGGGUCCCCCAAACUUCAGUAUGAGAGUUUUUCCACCUGAAUGCAGUUUUGUGCUCAAGGCAGAUGAGUCUGUGCUCAGGCAGCUGGAUGAAGCUGUGGCUGCUGCUCAUCUGGAUAAACUGUGUGUGAAGCUGACGAAGCUGAGUGACAAGCAGGCCAAAUACCUAGGCUUAUCAAAAGAUGGGCCAUUCAAGCCAGACCACUACAGAUACUGA